AUGAAUAGUUCUUGGAUGUACCGUUGGUACGAUACCGUUGGCCCGCAACAGUACAACAACGUCCAGGCGCACAUGGCCGACGCUCCCCCUCUCCAAAGCUUCGACUCCGACAACCUGCCCGACGUUCCGAGUCUCCUUCAGACCCUUGGGUCGCGAUCGCAGCCGUACGGCGUUGGGCUCGUACCAGGCGAAGUCAUUCGCGCCCAGCUCAUUCUAUCCGCUCUUGCCUCACAGGCAGUCGAGCAGGGAAAUGAUGAUGCCGGCGAGGGCGAGGGCGAGGGCGAGGGCGAGGGCGAGGGCGAGGGCGAGGGCGAGGGCGAGGGCGAGGGCGAGGGCGAGGGCACAGCCAGUCGCCUAGGGGAAUGCCUUGCACCACCACCACCACCACCAGUAGUAGUUGCAGCCACUGCUGUUGGACAACAAGAGCAUCAGCAAUCACGGGAGCAGCAAUCGCAGCAGAUGAUGACUCAUGCGGCGGCGGACCCGUCGUGUUCUUUCCAGGUGCUGCCCUUGAGUGCGACCGAGUGGACGAGCACCGACCCGCAGGGGGGGCACUUGCCGCCGCCACAGCAGCCAUCGCAGCCGCAGCCGCAGCAGCCAUCGCAGCCCCAGCCGCAGCCGCAGCCACCGCAAGGAGGACAUCCAUUUGAGUUCGGCAUCAGCCAUAUGGGAGCUGCGGGGCAAAGCGGCUUCCGUACGGCCUCUGUCCCCUCGGACAGCCGCACGAGUGCCCAGCUGGAGAGCCGUCCGAGCUUCACGAGCAACAACGAGGAGCUCAUCGCAGCCAUGGCGGCGGCCGGUCUGGGACCGGCGGCUACCGCAGGAAGGGCGCCAUCGGAUGCCGGGGCUGCCACAGCUACGCCUGAGACCGCCGUGGUUGCUUCAGCAGCGGCGGCAACGGCAGUCGCCGAAGGCACUGCCGGACCGCGCGUUCACGCCAGCUCCGGAGCGGUAGAUGCUGUACGGCUGUCGUCGUCGGCGGCGGCCGCGGCCCUUGGCGGUCGAUCCAAGCAAGCGCUGUUGCAGCAGCAGCAGCCGGCGUCCCCUGGCGGGAUGGCUCGCCGGCAGCGCCGAAACGACUCGUACGGCACUCGUGGCAGCAGUAGCGGCAUGGCUGAGUUUAUUGACGAGGCUGCGGUGGCGGCUCUCGCCGGUCCGGGCGGGGGGCCGUCCGUGGCGGGUUCAGUGUCCGGGUCGGCGCCGGGUACACCCACCUUCUCGCCGCAUGGUUCUGUCCGACCAAAGCCACCCUGGUCUGCCUCGUCCUCCGCGCGGUCGCUGCAGUCGUGCAACAUCUCCCUGCAACAGCAGUUGCAGCAGGAGCACCAGCGGGUGGGGAACUUCUGGCCGGCAUCGCAGCCAUCAUCGUACAGCUAUGCGGCGCCGCUGUCGCGGGGGCCGAGCUCGUCGUCCCACCUCCAGCAGCGGGCGUCGUCGGCCGGCGGCGCGGCGCCUGACUUCACCGGCCCGGCGGUAACCGCGCCAGCGACCUCCGCCGCCGCACCCGCCGUCUCCGUCGCCGACCGCAUUGUCGGCGAAGUUGCUCCGCCGGGCGGUGGCCCAGCCCCAGCCCCAGUAGUGCUCUCCUUUCCUUCCUUGCAAACUUCGACGGUCGCGGAGCAUUUCGCUGCCAGUCCUUUCGCUCUGGUCUCUCCAAGCCGCAGCCUUGGCUUCGGGAAGCCGCUGUUCGAGGGACCCCCUCAGGCUGGCGACGGCGCCCCAACAGGUCAGCUUUUUAGGGAGUAUCGCCGUCCGCUGUCAAACCUCCAGAGCCGUGACACGGCCGGUAGGGCGCGCAGCGGCGCCGAAUGCUCUCCCGGAGCCGGCGGCGGCGGCGGCGGCGCACGCCUCACCCUUCCCGGUGGGGGCUGCGGCAGCGAAAGCGGCGGAGGCCGCAACGCAAGUGCGAGCCUUAGCCAGGGCUUCUCCUGCGGCGAGGGCAGCAUCAGCGGUUGCGGACUGAGUGCCCUGACACUUGGGAACAGCACGGGUAGCGGCUCUGUGAGCGUCGGGUACACGACUAGCGGCGGCGGUGCCGGCGGAGCUGUCCUGCAGAAGCGGUCGCGCGCGGGUAGGGCCUGGAAGGCGGAGGAGCUGCCGCCGCCGGUGGCGGUGACGGUGACGGGGUUCAGCCGGCAAGUCGGUGACGACGGGCGGCGGCGGCGGCUCUCCAUCCAGGGGGUGUUCCACCCGGAGCGGUACCUGGCGAACCAGGACUGCAUAUUUUACGAGAACAAGUUCAUAAGCCGAUCCGCCUUCGAAAAGGCUGGCGGCUCCACCACCGCCAAGUGGCACUGUUCUAUCAAGGUGGCAGGCACUCACGCGGUAACGUUGGGUAGCUGGCUCAAUGCGAAGGGCCUCCCAGUCAUCAAGGGCGGGUCCCGGAAGAGCAAACGACAACGCGCUGUGGAGCAGUCCACUGCCGUGACGAGCCAUCUGACCCACCAGUCUUUCCAGCAACCCGCCUUACCCAGCCCGCGGCAACCACAGCAGCAACUACAACCUCACCACCACCAGCACCCCACCAGCACUCCCCACCAGCAGCAGCAACAGCAGCAGCAACAACAACAACAACAACUUGCUCAUCAUCCGCGCCUUUCCAAUGGCGGGUCGCUGCCAGCUCCUGCACCACCACCCCCACCCGCACCCCCACUGCCGAGCCCCCAAGGAGCCGGGAGCGGUACGAGCCCGCGACAGUCCGGAUCGGGCGGUGGAGGCGGGGGAAUCGGCGGCAUGUCUCUGGCGUCAUGGUCACGAUCACAGCAACCACAGCAACCACAGCAACAGCCGUUGCCGCAUCAGCAUCCCCAUGGAUUGCCGCACCUGCACUCGCAAACGCGCCCGCCUGCGGAGCCCUGUGCGCACAUGCAGCGGGCUGCACAGCUUCAUCACCACCACUCGCAAGGCCCGGCUCCAUUGCGAGCUCUGAGCGGCGGCGGGGCCACCGCGACGGCUUCCAUCGAGCGGCCGCCGCCCGCCGCCCAGUACCAGUCUGUCGCCAUUCACUCGGCCCCACUCCAGCCGCCACCCACCCAGCUGCAGCUGCAGCUGCAGCAGCAUCAGCAUCUUUCGCCGUCGCAACCACAGCCGCCGACGGCAGCGGCUUUGGUGGCGGUGCAACCCGGCAGCACCCAGGGCACCAGUGGUGAUGGUGCGUGUGGUUUCAACGAGGGCCUUGCGCGAACUUGGAGCGGCUACGUCGCAUCCGGCAUACGCGCUGCCUCUUCUCCUGGAGGCGGCUCCCCGCGUGGAAAGAGGGAGCUGCCCCUGCAGGGUGACCCGGGUGAUCCCACCCACUGUGUCCACUUGACGGAGGGCGGGCGGGAGCACUGCUAUUUCUCCCUUCCCCCCCUUCAUGCCGCCCGCAUGUUAAAGGUUUCCGCGCCCUGGCAUGUCGCCCCUGCCCCGCUGUGCGGUUCUCUUGCGCCGCCGCUGUCCAGGUGGCGUCCUAAGAAGGAAAAUUCGGGGGAGUCCUCGCGCUCCUCGGCUCCCUUUGCGCACCGCCGAAAGCGGCGGGUGCUGGUGUGGGUGCGGAUGGCGGUCAUUUCCUCCGCCAGGUGCUGCCCGAAGGCUUUCCGGCUGCUGCUCCCAGCUGCCGGUGGGGCCGAACAGAGCCGUCGAGCGCGUCAUGCUCGUUUGUACACGGAGAACUUGUGCAUUGCAUCUAGUAGAGCCUUUGUGUACGUUACGACCUUUUCGAUGAUGAACUAG